AUGAUUGCAGCGGAAUUGAUUUGCAAUCAGUACCUAUCAAGUGCUGGUCACCUGAAAUCGCCUGGCGCCGCGUUGUCGCUUUGGGGGCGCGGGGUGGCGGGGGGCUGGGGCGGCGGGGAGGGGGCGGUUGAGAUUAAUUACUGUUUGAUCCCGCUACAGGGCCCCAGGUACCGGUAUGGGUCUGUUAAUAAUUCGGCGAUCGCCGCUGGCAAAAAGGCAACGGACGGCACUCAGUGCAAAUUAAUUACGGCCUCCGUAAUACGC